CCACCAACGUUAACAACGACAAACUCCCACGACUCCAUAGGACAGAGCAGCAGCUGCUGUGCUGCCUAGGACACGCUCCGCUUCCCUCCACUCCCUCUGCUGCCUAACGGGUCGCGCGGCCCCACCGCCCAGAGCCGCGAGCUCCGCCGCCAAUGGACGGCGCCGGGACCUCCCUCCUCGGCUUGCCAGUUCCCGCCGCUGGCGCCGCCGCCGCCGCUCUCAUCGUCCUCCUCGUCUUCGCGGCGGCCGCGGCCGCCGCGUUCUUCGCGCGCCGGCGGGGCGCCAAACCGACCUCUCUUUCGCGCGUCGAGCACGCGCCCUCCUCCGGCUCCGGAUCCUCCCGUCCGGCGUCGACGUCCGCGCGCAAGGUCAAGGCCGACGCGGAGGCCGCCGAGGCCGGCGCGGGCGCGGGCGCGAGCUCCUCCGACGUGGCCAGCUCGUCCGCGGCCGCGAGCUCGCUGGAGUCGCCGGCGAGGAAGAAGGUGGAAAUACGGGUCGGCGGGGCCCCGGGGGUGGAGAUGGGGUGGGGGAGGUGGUACGAGCUGGCGGAGCUGGAGGCCGCCACGGGCGGGUUCCACAAGGAGAACGUGGUCGGGGAAGGAGGAUACGGCACGGUAUACCGCGGCGUGCUCGACGGCGGCGAGGUGGUCGCGGUCAAGGACUUGUUUGAUCACAAGGGUCAGGCUGAGAAGGAAUUCAAGGUGGAGGUUGAAACCAUCGGCAAAGUGAGGCACAAGCACCUUGUGGGCCUCAUCGGGUACUGCGCAGAAGGGCCUAAACGGAUGCUCGUGUAUGAGUUCGUCGAAAAUGGCAACUUGGAGCAGUGGCUGCAUGGCGACGUCGGGCCUGUCAGCCCGUUGACGUGGGAAAUACGGAUGAAGAUCGCCGUCGGAACAGCCAAAGGCAUAGCGUACCUGCACGAAGGCCUGGAGCCGAAAGUGGUGCACCGAGACAUCAAGUCCAGCAACAUCCUUCUGGACAAGAAAUGGAACCCCAAGGUGUCCGACUUCGGAAUGGCCAAGGUCCUGGGCUCCGGCUCCAGCUACGUGACCACCCGUGUGAUGGGCACAUUCGGGUACGUGGCUCCCGAGUACGCGUCCACGGGCAUGCUGAACGAGAGCAGCGACAUCUACAGCUUCGGCGUGCUGAUGAUGGAGCUCAUCACCGGGCGGAGCCCCGUGGACUACAACAGACCCGCCGGCGAGGUGAACCUGGUGGAGUGGUUCAAGGGGAUGGUGGGGAGCCGGCGCGUGGAGGACCUGGUGGACCCGCGCAUCGAGGCGCCGCCGCCGCCGCGGGCGCUGAACAAGGUGCUGCUGGUCUGCCUCCGGUGCAUCGACUCCGACGCGCACAAACGGCCCAAGAUGGGGCAGAUCGUGCACAUGCUCGAGGGCGACGAGUUCCCCUUCCGAACGGAGCACCGCUCGCCGCGGGCGUCUCACAGGACGUCGACGGGGACGCGGCCGUCGCUUCUGUCCGAAAACGUCGGGACCGAUGACUCGGACAAGUCGAUGUGGAGAUGAGCGAGCUGUCAGCAACCGCCCGCGACGUAGGAGGAGCUGGACUGACUUUUUUACCGGUGUACAUUUUUGUUUAUUCGCGGCGAGAUGGAGGAUUUCUGAUGAUGUUCGUUUCGUUUUGUGGUGCUUGACGUAAUGUAUGGUUUGACUGAGUGACGGACACACGGUUGAUAAUUUUUCUGA